CAAAAAACCUUUGUGUAAUAAUAUAACAAAAGAAUAAGCUAAAGUAAAUCUUCGAAUUAGCUACGAUUUAUAUGUUUAAUAUAAAUUAUAAUAUAGUAUGCAAUGUACAUUAAUACCUAGAACAAACGAUUUUCGUCAAAAUAAUAAAUACAUUAAACAAUUUUUAAUAUGAAGUUGAAGUUAACUUUUUUACUACAAGUACACAGAUAAUUAUUAGCACUUAACAAAUUGAAUAUGUCUAUCGAGUUGAAACCUUUUGCUAAAGGCAUCGAUCACUAUAAAAUAAAAACUUAUUUAUUUGGUUCCGAUGAUAAUAAUGUUGAUUUGUUUAAUGAUACGAUCAAUUGUAUUUCUCCCGGAGGUGAAAUAAUAUCAUUUGCCCACUGUGAUAAAAUAAUAACUUGUACAAUAAAAUGGAUGUCAAAUUCCACCGACGGCAUAAGCCAGCAAUUUCAAGUUAUGUGGAAUGAUACUUUAUGCAACUUUAAUGAAAAAAUUACUUCAGUUAUAUGCUUACCUAUAUCUGCAGUUAAUGUUAAACUUUCUUCUCACUCUAUUCCCGAGUGGUUUUGUAUAGUGGUCGGAUUUUCAAGUGGUAAUGUUAAAUUUUAUAAUGAGGAUGGUGAAAUAUUAUUCUCGCAAACAUUUUAUAAUGGAAGUGUUUUGAAAAUAAGAUGCCAAAGUCAUCAGCCUGCCAAAAAUAACCCACCUACAAUUGAACAACCUGAAGAGCUAUCAAUCUUGUAUUGUGAUGUAAUUUGUACUAUUGAUGGUACACUGCUGGUUAACUGUUUAAGAUCAUGUAAAAAUCAAAUGGCAAAAAUUCAAGGGAAUUGUGCCAAUUCCAUAAUUUGUCCUUCAUUGGCUUACAAGAAAUGGGCAUUUGAUUCUCAGAGUAAAAUUAAUGAUGCUGCUGUUGGCGGAAGAUAUGAUAUAACAAGUUUUCAACAUAUAGUAGCAGCAAAUAUUUGUAAAAGUUUUAGUGGAGAUAAACAAAAUACUUUACCUAAAAUAACUCAGAUUAUAGCCGCUGGCAAAGAACCAUACUUGGCGUUUCAUUUUAAUAUUGAUGGACAACCUCAGCUGACAUUUGGAAAUAUAACUAAAGCUAUAGCGAGUAAAAUAAAAUCUUCAAUUAGUCAAUCUCUGCCAACUUGGUUAACACAUAAUCUGUCUCUAAAUGAAUCGUUGUAUUCGCAAGAACUCCCUGAACAACUUGGAUGCCGUUUUAAACUAAAUGAUGAAAAUCGUGAAGCAUUCAAAAUAGAGUUGAGCCCACAAUUAUCUGUUGGUGUUAUUUCUGAUAACUUAGAUAAAGUAACAUUGUUUGAAGUCAAUGCUGGGGGAAUUAUUCGAACAUGGGAUGACUGUAAAGAUGUACAAUUUGGAUGGAUUGUAGUCAGUGAAAACAAAAGUUCUAGUUCUAAACAAGCAUUAUUUUUAGUAAUGUAUUUACCAAACCAAGAAUCUCUGGAAGUAUGGGCUAUGCAAAACUAUGAAAAGGUAUCAGCGUUAAAAGUUUCAAAAAAUGGCAGGUUGUUCUACACAAAUUUUGGUUUACUCGGGACUUUAAGUACAUCAAGAGCUAAUAUUUAUAACGCUAACUACCGUUGUUACUUCAUUGAUGAAACAGAAAUAAUACAAGAAAUAAGUAUACCAUUUCAUUGUAUUGAUGGUAACUUAAACAGUGAGCUGACACGAGAUAUGCACUUAUUGAGAACCUUCAAAUCAUUGUGUAAAAACGAAAAUAUAAAUGAUGAAAAACUAUGUGAAGAGGUCAUUGUUUUAGCAAAUAAAUUGAGUACUGAUAAAGUGAGGCAACAAGCUUUUGAGUAUAUUAAGACCAGUAAACAUAUGACACAAAAUGCAUUUGUUCAUUAUUUAAAAAGAUUCAAGGAAAUAAUCGAGAAAGAAGAUUCUAGCGAACCUCUAAAAAGAGAAACUUGGUUGAAGACAAUUGAUUGUAAUUUAAAACUUGUAAUAUACCUAUCAUUUUUAUUUAAUUUUCAAGAAAAACAUUGUUGUUUACCAAUAAAUACUUCUUCAGCUGAUGAUAAAACACAAGAAUUGUGUAAAACGCUACGUAUAAGCGACCAAGACUUGGAUAAAAUAAUUUCGUUACUUCCUAUAGAACCACAAAGAAAAAUUGUGGUCAUGUUUCAAGAUGAAAUGAAACUUAGUUAUACCAAAUUAACUGAAUUAAUUACUUGUUUUGAUGUGUCUGGAGAACAUAUAAUCUUAAAAAGAGAUAUGAAUGUGGAUGAUUUAUGUAAAAGGAUGUUUGAAACAAUAAUGCACGCCGAUGGAGAUAUUAGGGAAUGGAACUUAGCAUGGGUAACUAGUGGUAUAAAAUUAUCUGACAUGAUUUAUUUGGCUGUCCAGUACUGGUUGGCUAAACCUCUUACCCUAACAGUUGUUACGGAAAUGAUCAAUUUCUAUCGUGUAAUUGACACAAUUUGUAAUACAAGUGAUGGAAUUAUAGAAAAAAAGUUUGAUUGGAAAACUACACAAGAUCAAUUUUCACAUAGUUCUAACACUUUUGCUUGUUUAACUGGAGCAAUUAUUUGUAAAAACAUUGCCUCUAUUAAAAAAACAGUUAAAGUAGAUGCUGAAUGGGAAUGUAUUUCCAGUGAAGAUUAUCAAUGGAAUUUAUUAAUAGAAAGACUUGAGCAAGUUUGUCAUUUAAAUACAACAUUAAAAUAUCAGUCUGUGGAAUCUGCUGCUACUCUUUUUUGUAUAACAUACAAUUACUUGCCAAUAACAUUGGUGGAUCUAUUAAAAAAAGGACGAGGUGGUGUGUCUACUUUAGUCGCCAAGUGGUUGGCCAGUAUUGGUAUUAAUCCGAGCUUAAUAAAUGACGAUUAUUUAAUGGAUAUAAAUAACAAAAUGUGUGAUCCUCCAAAAGAAAAUAAAGUUAUAAUGGGUGUCCAAGAAGGUAUAGCUAUAAAUACCGAAACUGCAUUGGAAGCUAAUGUUUUGAGCACAGUAGAAAAAGAAACAUUGGAUGCGUUAAAAAGGUUAAGAUCAUGUUUUCCAUACAGUUUAGACAGUAACACGUUGUUGAGUAACAUAAAUUGGGAAUAUUCAUCAGUUUGGCAAAACUGUGUUGCCGAUCUAAGGCCAUUAAAAGCAGCUCUGAAAGUUGCUGAAAAUAUAUCUUGUUCUCAUAUAAAACAAAGUAUCACUAGUUUAGUUUGGUCGACAUAUUUAUCAAAUGUUUUUCAAUCGGCCGUGAGACUUAUUCACCGAUUGGGAAAAGUUCCAAAAGAGAAGUUAUGUAUACAAGAUGUAGGCAUGCCAGAUCGGUGUAUAGCACAAUUUUUUGAAAUAUGUGAAUGUUUUAUUGAAAUUAUUAUUAAGGCGUCACUUUUAGUUGAAGAAGACGAAUUGGCUGAAAUAAAACACGACUUGUUUUGGGAAAAUUGGAAAACUAAUAAUCAGCAUGAACUCACUCUUGUUCAAAAAGCUCUGCACCAGCCUAAUCCCGAUCAAGAUAUGCUUUUUUUCUUGCAUCAGUGUGCUAGAACAUUUCAUAUAUUAUCUAAAUUUUCACUACACAUUAAUAAACCAUUUAACAAUCUAUUUGAUUGUAAUAUCAAUGAAAUUGAUUUUUGUUCUUUAAAUCACCAAAAUUUCAAAAAUGAAGAACAACCGAGAUUUAAAAUUAAAAAAGGAAGGAUUGAUUUUCUUACUACUUCAAUAAGUUCCGCGAUAGGACUUAUACAAAAAGAUUGUGAGGAUGGCCACUGUGAAUUUGAAAGUAAAGAAUAUUUAUUUUGGAUAAGUAAAAUAUUUCAAUUAGCUAUAGACUGGCAAUUACCUCUCGACGAACUUCGAAUACAUCAAGUGGUAUCCCUUUAUGCAAAAGGCCAUGAUCGAUUAGCAGAAGAAGUAGUUCCUACUAUUAACAAUAAAGACAAUUUGGUCAAAUUUUUGUUAAAUAUUAUUAAACAUAGAUUGAAGUACGAGUUGACGGUUAAUGAUUUAGACUUCCAUGAUAAAAUUGUUCACUUCAGUCCAGAAAUAAUUUUAUGGUUAAACACAUCAGUUACUAUAGAAGUGGAGAAAUCAUUAUUAAAGGAAAUUCUGGAAUUAGUUCAAACUGUUAUUACUUUGUUGCCAGAAAACAGUGACCAAUAUGAGUUUGUCACUAAUUUAAUGGACAGUUUAAAUUCACUAAUAAAUAUAAAUAGACAAGAAAAAUGAUUAACUGAACAUCUUGUUAAUGUUGAUAACAAGUAAACUACAAAGCAAGUGUAUACAAUUUGAGUAUAGUUUACUACACUGCAUUAAUUACUGAACAUAAAAUAUGAGACUUGGAAUAGUCAAAGACCUCCAAUAUUUUUAUGUUUUAGUUAGUGUGGAUUUUCAAAAAAUAUCAAUGUUAUAUACUUCAAUACUGUAUGGAAAAAAUAUUGAA